CAGCUGCCGAACCGAACCUGUUAGUUUCAAGUCUACGACUGCACUGCCAAAAACUGCAAAAAUGGAGUGGACCCCGAUGGAAAUUAACCCAGAGAUGCUGAACAAGCUGAUGAACAACCUGGGUGUGGGUGAGAGCUGGCGCUUCGUGGACGUGCUGGGGCUGGAGGGCGAUCAACUCUCCGCCGUCCCCAAGCCAUGCUGUGCCAUGAUGCUGCUGUUCCCCCUCACUCAACAGCACGAGUCUUUCAGAGGACAGGUGGCAGACAAGAUUGUAGCAGGUUCUGAGGCUUACUUCCUGAAGCAGAAGGCAGACAAUUCCUGUGGCACCAUUGCUCUGCUGCAUGCUGUGGCCAACAACAAAGACAAAGUGACUUUUGAGAACGGGUCUGCCCUCAAGAAAUUUAUAGAUGAGACUGCGGCCAUGUCUCCAGAUGAGCGUGCCAAACAUCUGGAGCAGAACCAGGCUAUUUUUGCAGCUCACAAUGAGGUUGCGAUGCAGGGCCAGUGUCGGCCAGAAGCCGACCAGGUCCACUUCCACUUUAUUGCCUUUGUCAAUGUAAAUGGACAGCUCUUGGAAUUUGAUGGGAAAAUGAAUGGAGCUGUGAACCAUGGACCGACUAAGGAUGACUCCUUUGUCACGGAUGCAGCCAAAGUGUGCCGUGAGUUCGUGGAAAGGGAGCAAGGUGAAGUCCGCUUCUCAGCUGUGGCUCUUUGUCAAAGUUAAAAGACCAGUGGGACACCAAAUCGUAAACCAAAAUCUUCUGGAACACUCACAUGACAACACAAUCAACAGGCACCGAGACUGACCUGUGCGCACAUAUACAUCUGCAGACACUAUGCACUAUAAAGCACAUUCUGUUUCCACACAUCACUCAAGAAAGCAUUUUUCAGCAUUUACACACAAACACAAUCUCAAAUUUUGGUUCUGCUGACACUAAACUGAUACACGCUUUUUCAAACUAGUUUCUGUGAUGGUUCAGCUGUGAAAACUGUAAAACAUGUCGGGUCUCAUCACUGCUUUGCAGGUAGACUUUUUUUUUUGUUUUGUUUUGUAUGCAACACUGGUCUGUGUCACACUUAGACUGAUGUUUACAUACCUUUAGUGCCAAUAAGCAUGAGACAAAAGACAAAGUUGUUCAAUCUUUUUUCCCCCUCUCUGAAUGCCUUGUUUGAAUUUAUAAGUGUCUGACAUUCCUCAGAGUUGGCCAAAUCUGUCUGUAGGCAUAAUACCCAUUGUUCAGAGCAUGUCUGUAACCUUUUGAGUGGCAUUCUUUGCCGUUACUGACAUUCAGAGUAACUGAAAUUUUCAGUGAUGGUUGAAAGCUAUUAAACAAACAAUGCACUUCACACAACUUUUCAGCAUAUAACCUGUUAACGUUGACGUGCACAACUGUGUGUUCAACAGAGCUGUCAAGAAAUAGACCAUCCACACAAGUGCUACUGUACGUUAUGGUUGUCAUGCAAUGCAGGGUGAUUGUACGUCUAGGCUAUGUUCAAGUUGUUUACCUUUCUGCACUUUCAAAAUCCUGUGUUGCUGUAGUUCUGCUGGUGAUUCAGCUGUGGGAAUUCAAUAAAGCGACCAUCUAACCUG